AUGUUCCAAAAUGGUAAUACUAAACAUGAUGAUCAAGAUUCAUUAUCCGAUGGUGUAACAGUCAAACAAUUAUUUGAAAAUAAUGAUGGUUUAACAUAUAAUGAUUUUAUUAUUCUACCUGGUUUUAUUAGUUUUCCAUCGGAUAAUGUUUCACUUCAAUCUAAACUUACAAAAUUAAUUGCUAUUAAAACACCAUUUGUAUCCAGUCCAAUGGAUACUGUUUCAGAAUCAUCAAUGGCUAUUGCAAUGGCAUUAAAUGGUGGAAUUGGAAUAAUUCAUCAUAAUUGUUCAAUUGAUUAUCAAGUAAGUGAAGUAAGACGUGUUAAACGAUAUGAACAAGGUUUUAUAACUGAUCCAUUAACACUUGGUCCAACUAAUACAGUUGCAGAUGUUUAUGCUAUUAAAAAAUUACAUGGAUUUUCUGGUAUUCCGGUGACUGAAAGUGGAAAAAUUAAUAGCAAAUUAUUAGGCUUAAUAACAUUUCGUGAUAUUGAUUUUUUACCUAAAGAUCAACGGUCAACUAUUCCUGUUAGUCAAGUAAUGACACCAAUUGAAGAACUUAUUACAGCUAAAAAUGAUCUUACACUUAAAGACGCUUAUAAUAUUUUACAACGAAGUAAAUUACCUAUUGUUGAUUCCAAUGGUGAUCUCGUUUCAUUAAUUGCUCGUACUGAUUUGGAAAAAAAUCGUGAUUAUCCAUUAGCAUCAAAAGAUAAUCGUCGACAGUUAUUAUGUGGAGCAGCCAUAGGUACACGAAAAGAAGAUGAAAAACGUCUUGAAGCUCUUGUACAAGUUGGUGUUGAUGUUAUUGUACUUGAUUCAUCACAAGGAAAUUCUAUCUAUCAGAUUGAUAUGAUAAAACAUAUUAAAAAAAAUUAUCCACAUAUACAAGUUAUUGCAGGCAAUGUUGUUACACAGGCACAAGCAAAAAGUUUAAUUUAUGCUGGUGCUGAUGCACUUCGUGUUGGUAUGGGUAGUGGAUCAAUUUGUAUAACACAAGAAGUUAUGGCUGUUGGACGAGCUCAAGCAACAGCCGUUUAUAAAGUAGCUGAAUAUGCUCGUCAAUUUGAUAUACCAAUUAUUGCUGAUGGUGGAAUAUCAUGUGUUGGACAUAUUGUUAAGGCAUUAACAUUAGGAGCUGAUUGCAUUAUGAUGGGUUCCUUAUUAGCCGGUACACAGGAAGCACCUGGUGAAUAUUAUUAUCAAGAUGGUGUUCGACUUAAAAAAUAUCGUGGUAUGGGUAGUCUCGAUGCAAUGAAUGCAUGUCAAGAAUUAUCUGCUGCAAGUCGAUAUUAUUCUGAAACAGAUCAUGUUAAAGUUGCACAAGGUGUUGCAGGAAGUGUUGUAGAUAAAGGUAGUGUUCAUCGAUUUAUUGGUGGUUAUCUAUAUACAGGUAUACAAAAAUCACUUCAAGAUAUUGGUUGUCAAUCAGUUAAACAAUUACAUGAUGAAUGUAAUCAAGGUGUUAUUAAAGUUGAAAAACGUACAGCAUCAGCUCAACUUGAAGGUGGAGUACAUAAUUUACAUUCAUAUGAAAAAAAACUUUUUUAA